AUGCCUAUGGCGUCCGCCGACCGCUUCGUGCCCUUCCGCGUGCCGCUAUCAGACCGCUUCAGAGCCAACAAGUCGGCACACGAGCUGUCGCCCUCUGAACGACUGCUCCGGACCGACACUGUCGGGUCUGACGCAUUCUGCUUCCACCCGAAACACUCCACCCCCAUCCCUACUCGGCGAGGACGAGCAAUCCGGUCCGAAUGUUCGGGUGCAGGUGCGGACCGCCGCGUCGGCACCGUGCUUGACCUGCACUCCCUCGAACGACAGGUCAGCAAUGGGACUGUGUGGUCUGUCGGUGGUCUAGCUCCCGGUAGCCUAGUCGUCGACGGCGGCCGUGGUCGACUGGUCAGUUCCGGUACCAACGCUCGCCUCUAUACCACGUCGUUCUCAAACUCCCGUCCAAAAUCCGAAGAAGACCAAGAGAAACACGAGGGUCGGCUUGCCUUGGCUUUGAAGAUCGACCGGGGACAACGUAUCCUCGACUUUGACGGCUACUCCACCUUCCCACGAUGCAAGAGCAAAGGCAGACCUUCAUUACGAUCUACCAAGACAAUCUGGAAUGGGACUGAAUGGAGCAAUGACGACCACACCCCCAAGCUGCAGAGAGAAGUGCGGAUUCUCCCCAAUGCUCCAUUCAAGGUCCUGGAUGCUCCCGGUCUCCGAGACGACUACUAUUGCUCAAUUAUGGCCUACUCACCGUCUUGCCACACCCUGGUCGUUGGCCUGGGCAACCUGCUGUAUGGAUGGUCGGAAUCAUCUGGCGUCACUCUCUUGAACGCCGGCAUGAAAGACGGCUCGUGGCUGACUUCAGUUUCCUUCUCAUCGUACAUGGGCGGCAAGUCCAUCUUGGCCUUUGGACGAUCGAACGGUGUCCUAUCCCUGGUGUCUCUCUUCGACAGUCUACUGCCUCGAUUUGAGGCUGAACAGCCAGCGCAGGUAUCUUGCCUCUCCUGGCGUCCCGUUGUCACGUUGAGACCAUCGCUGAACCCACAAAACCCGGGCGUGAUGGUCAGGACCGAGGACCUCCUGGUGGGGGAUGAGCUAGGGGAUAUCUAUUACUACUCAGUCGAGUGGCCUGAGCCUUAG